CAGUAGAGCAAGUAUUAGUGGGGAACGGAACCAAAAGUCCUUCGGUUGCGCGUUACAGCCGGACGUAGUUGUGUGCGACAGAAACGUGGAGAGCUGUUUUCAUUUAGUCAGUAACUCCAAAAUAACUCGUUUUCUUUCAAAUGUCUGCUAAAAGCCAAAUAUGCUCAAUAUGGCUUGGAUCCGAAACUGGAAUAUUAAAAGGGGUGAGUUUAACCAAAAAGCAGGCGUUUAACUUUUGUGAGAUGAGCUGCUUGAGUCGAGAUCAGGAGGUUUGUGUGAUGGCAUGGGGAGACCCUCACGAAUCAGAGGUGUUAGUGGGCAGUGUGAACGGCACUGUGAAAACUUUCAGCACAGAUAAGGGAAUCUUCACAGCGACCAGAGAGUGUGGAGAUCCUUCACAGGGCAGAUUCACAGGACUCGCUGUCACUGACAGUUCUUUGAUUACAUGUGUGGAGUCAGGACUGCUGAAGGUGUGGAAGGAAGGCAGUACAGAAACGGUUGAGAUAAAUGUUGGAAAUGGAAUAUGCAGAAUGCAACAGAACCCAUCACAGCGCCAUCGUGUGGCUACAGGGGGUAAGGAGAACCCGCUGAAAGUCUGGGAUCUGGAGAGACCAGAUAAGCCAAUAUUCACAGCCAAAAAUGUAGCCCAUGACUGGUUGGAUAUGCGGGUGCCCGUGUGGGUGAGAGACAUUGGCUUUAUCCCAGAUUCAGAUAAAAUAGUCACAUGCACUGGACACCAUCAGGUGCGUGUGUAUGACCCCUCGACGCCUCAGAGAAGGCCGGUGUUGGAGGCUCGGUUUGGAGAGUACCCGCUCACUGCGCUCUCUCUUCCUGCCAGCCAGGGCACAGUGGUCGUGGGCAACACUCACGGGGAGCUCGCCAUCCUUGACCUCCGGAAAGGGCUUGUGCGUGGGUGUCUUAAGGGUCUGGCGGGGGCAGUGCGAGGGUUGCAGUGCCAUCCUUCCCUCCCAUUGGUGGCCUCUUGUGGUUUAGAUCGUUUUCUUAGAGUACACAGCCUGGAGGACCGUUCCUUACAGCACAAGGUAUAUCUGAAGUCACGACUCAAUUGUGUGCUGCUGUCUAGCAGAGAUCUGGAGUCAUCUAGUGCUGAUGUUAGUGGAGAUGUAGAGGAGGUGAAAGCAGAGGAGGAUGAGGUUUGGGAUACCAUGGAAACUGUGAUGGAGAAGACAAAAAAGAGGGCCGCCCAGAAAGAUGAAGCAACUGUUACUGAAGUAGAUGGAAAAAAGAAAAGGAAACUAGUGAAAAAGUGAUUUUUUUUUAAUUGACAUUUUUAUCAUUUUAUAUACAGUUUGUCAUGUUUUGAGUAAAACUGUAUCAACAGUGGCCAAGAACAAACUUAAACCUAAGAGGCUGUUUAAUAUGGAUAUAUAAUAAUAGGUUCAGGUCAGUAUUUUGGUCCAUUAAGUAAUUUGAACAUGCAAUCAUCUGAAAUGUGAUACUAAAAUUGCAUUUUAGAUGUCAAAACUCUGCUUAACUUGAACAAGUGAACCCGUUUAUGUAAAAACAGUUUGUCCCAUUAGUCACUGUAUUUCUGUAUUGAACAGAAUUUAAUGUAUACCAUAAACACAGAAUCUUUCAGAAA